UCCGGCAGCAUGAGGAGACUGAACAACCGGGCCGAGAGCCACCUGACGGGCCGAGCCGAGUCCGAGCUGGACGCCAUGACGGACGGAGGCUGGGUGAACCACGGCUACUGCGGCUCCCCUGCGCCGCAGGUCAGCACCAUCUACAGCCUCCAGCCGGCCUCCGUGGACCGGGACGACAAACUGGACCGCAUCCAGGAGGAACCGGGUAGCUCCGAGCAGAGCCCGGUGACGAAGAGAAGAGGCUGCUGCAGCUUUAUCAAAGCGUUUUGGGGAACAGCUUGGACCGAAAACACGUCCAACAACAGGGAAAAGUUCAUCCGCACCACUCUGAGGGAGCUGAUCGUCUACCUGGUGUUCCUGCUGGAUGUGUGUCUCUUGACCUACGGUAUGACCGUCUCCAGCAGCUAUUAUUUCACCAAAGCCAUGACGGAUCUGUUUGUGGGCUCGGCCAGCCAAAAUGGAGUCACGUUUCAGACCAUUGGCAACAUGGCCGACUUCUGGGACUUCGCCCAGGGUCCCUUACUGGACGGGCUUUACUGGACCAAAUGGUACAACAACCAGUCCCUGGACAGCGGAGACCAGUCGUUCAUCUACUAUGAGAACAUGCUGCUCGGAGUUCCCCGGAUGAGGCAGAUUAAGAUUAAAAACAACUCCUGCAAAGUCCCAGAAGACUUCAAAAAUGAGAUUGCCGAAUGCUUCGACGUCUACAACGAGAAGAAGGAGGACGACCUCAGCUUUGGCCUCAUCAACGGCUCUGCGUGGCGCUACCACACAGAGAAAGACAUCAAAGGUUCCUCCUACUGGGGCCUCCUGACCACCUACAGCGGCGCCGGGUUCUACCAGGACCUGAGCCGGACCAAGGAGGACAGCGCCAACAUCCUGGCAGAACUGAUGGACAACCUUUGGCUGGACCGAGGAACCAGGGCGGUUUUCAUCGACUUCUCAGCCUACAAUGCAAACAUCAACAUGUUCUGUGUCAUCAGGUUGGUGGUGGAGUUCCCAGCGACCGGUGGCGCCGUCCCAUCCUACCAGAUCAGAACCGUCAAACUGAUCCGCUACAUCACCCACUGGGACUACUUUGUCCUCGGCUGCGAGUUGGUUUUCUGCGUGUUCAUCCUCUACUAUGUCGUGGAGGAGAUUCUGGAGCUGCGGAUACACAAGUUUGCCUAUUUCAAAAGCAUCUGGAACAUCCUGGACAUACUGGUCAUACUGCUGGCCAUCGUUGCGAUUGUCUUCAAUGUCUUCCGGACCAUCAAAGUGGAUAAUCUGCUCGGGUCGCUGCUGGAACAGCCGGAUUUAUACGCUGAUUUUGAAUUCCUGGCUUUCUGGCAAACCCAGUAUAACAACAUGAAUGCUGUGAAUUUGUUCUUCGCCUGGAUCAAGAUUUUCAAAUACAUCAGCUUCAAUAAGACGAUGACGCAGCUGUCCGCCACGCUGGGCCGCUGCGCCAAAGACAUCCUGGGCUUCGCCAUCAUGUUCUUCAUCGUCUUCUUCGCCUACGCGCAGCUUGGAUACCUGCUGUUUGGAACCGAGGUCGAAUCUUUCAGCACAUUCGUCAAGUGCAUUUUCACGCAGUUCCGGAUAAUUCUCGGCGACUUCGAUUACGACGCAAUCGACCGCGCAAACCGAGUCCUGGGGCCCAUUUACUUCGUCACCUACGUGUUUUUUGUUUUCUUUGUCCUGCUGAACAUGUUCCUGGCCAUCAUCAAUGACACUUACUCAGAGGUCAAAGAGGAGCUGGCGUCUCAGAAGGACGAGCUGCAGAUUACUGACCUCAUCAAACAGAGCUACAUGAAGACUUUUAUGAAGCUGAAAGUAAAAAAAGAGAAAAUAUCGGACGUUCAGAAAGCUCUACAGUCUGGAUCUGGAGAAAUCGAAUUCAGGGAUUUCAGAGAGACUCUUAAAGAGAUGGGUCACGAAGAUAAAGAAAUAUCUGCGGCUUUCUCGCAGUUUGACCGAGACGGAAACCAGGUUCUGGAUGUAGACGAACAAACGAGGAUGAAAAUCGAACUGGAAGAAAAACGGGAUGCUCUAAACGCCGAGCUGAACAACUUGGGAAAGAACUACGGAAAAGAGUUUCCGGAGAGUCGUUCGGCCUCAGACGAUGAAAAAAGUCGAGGCUUCGUGGCGCAGGAACAGUUCCUCUGGCUGAGCAGGCGGGUUCUGCAGAUGGAAACGUCGAUGGCGGCGCUCACAUCCAGGACGGACCUGAUCAUGGAGAAACUGGGAUUAACGGGAAACAACAUUUUCUCCUCCCAGAGUGACCGACCUUCCUCACUGACGUCUCAGAUGUGAUGAACUUGCUGGAAGCCGCCGCGGAUCACAAUGAAAAAGGCCUGAAAACAAGUUGGCACCAGCAGGUUGUCAUGGAAACGUGUAAAUACUGUAAUAAUGAUUGCGAAUGUAUCGCCUACCAGCUAUCUGACUGCAGGAGAACGACGGCGCAUCAGGGCCAGAUGAAGAGGAAGAUGAAGAGGAGGAGUAAAUUUCAUCCAAAAAACUCAGAAAUUUUAAGAUUAACCUCUAGAAUUUUCAAGGUGUUGGAAAUUUCAAAAAUA